AUGAUUGAAGUGGCUAAAGAAGUUAAUAAUUGGGAUACUGAAUACACAAAUAAAGCAGAUAAUAUCAAUACUGAAUACACAAAUAAAGCAGAUAAUAUUGAUACUAAAUAUACAAAUAAAGCUAAUAAUGUUUAUACUGAAUACACAAACAAAGCUUAUAAUAUUAAUACUGAAUACACAAGUAAAGCUUAUAAUAUUGAUACUGAAAACACAAAAGAAGAUAAUGUUAAUUUACCAAUAUUCUCCAAAGAGAUUACAAGUUCUGAUUUGUUUGUUGGCAAGAUUUUUAUAACAUGGGAAUUAUGUGAUUUAUUU